CCCAAUUCCACUCAUCUUGCUUCUGCUAACCUUCACACCUACACCAACAGAGAUAGAGAGAGAAAAGAAUGGCUUGUGUAGCUGUAAAUUCUCUUAUCACAACAUUAGAGCUUGAGUUCUUGCAACCUCACCCUCGUCCAAUUCUACAAAAAAUGGAACUCGUCCCUUUUAACAAAGAUCUGAUCCAAUCUCUCCUUGCAAAGCUUGGGUUUCUGAUACAACUGUUCGACGAGAGCAGAAUGGAUGGUGUUGAAGCAAUUAAAGACUUGGAAACAAAGCUCAGAGAUGUAGCUUUCAGAGUAGAAGAUGAUAUAGAACUCCAUGUGGUACAUCUCUAUAAAGAAGCUGAGGAGGAAAUGGGAGAAGGGGACACUGAAGCCAAAAAAACCCAGCAUUCUCAUAGACUUAGUCAUGUAUUGCAACAAGCAAUAGAAGACAUUGAUGCCAUUAAAGAAGAGCUGGAGAAAGUGAUGAUGGAGUACAAGCAUGUCAUAGCUGUGCAAGGAGGCAUGGAGACUACACUUGAUGUUAUUCCAAAAUCUGAUGAUGAACUUGUCAAGAUGGAUGAUUCAGGUUCCUCCAAUCACGCUUCACACACUAAGGACAUAAUGAUUGGGAAAAACAAUGAGUUCCAGACUAUAAGGGAGAUGCUACUACAACAUCCAUCUAAACAACGAGAAGUUGUCUCAAUUCAAGGUAUGGGAGGAAUCGGCAAGACAACGUUAGCUAGACAAGUUUAUGAAGAUUCAUCUGUUGUCUCCCACUUUGACAAGCAAAUAUGGGUUGUUGUAUCACAACAUCACAAUAAGAGGCAAAUGAUCUUAGAUCUUCUUGGUUCUAAAGACAAUCCAGAAUACAGCAAUGAUGGCCUAGCACUACAGCUCUACCAAAGUUUGAAGGGUCAAAGGUACUUGAUGGUGAUGGAUGAUGUAUGGAGCAUAGAGUCAUGGAAUGAUGUUAAAUCUUGCUUCCCAGAUGAUACAAAUGGGAGUCGAGUAUUAUUGACUACUCGCCUUGCAGAGGUAGCUAUUUGUAUUGGCUCUAACAAUUACUUUUCCCAUCAAAUGCAAUUCUUAGAUCAAAGUGAAAGUUGGGAUUUAUUUCGUAAAAAGGCAUGCAAAUCUCAUGGUGUUGAAUUUGAGACAAUUGGGAGACCAAUUGUUGAGAAAUGUAAAGGACUACCGUUGGCAAUUGUUGUGGUAGCAGGUUUAUUUUCAAAACUCAACACACUAGAUGAGUGGGAAAGUAUUGCUCAUGCUCUAAUAAGUUCUUCAACAUCAACUCUAGAUGAUGAAGAAUGUUGGAGAAUACUCUCACUGAGUUAUAGUCACUUGCCCCACAACUUGAAAGCUUGCUUUUUAUAUUUAGGAGUUUUUCCAGAAGAUUAUGAGAUCAAUGUUAAAAACCUUGCAAGGUUAUGGGCUGCUGAAGGAUUUGUAAAGGCAUUCAAUAAUGAGAGUUUUGAAGGGGUGGCUAAAAGGUACAUAAAUGAACUUAUGGAUAGAAACUUAAUUCUUGUAAGCAAAAGAAGUAGUUGUGGAAGAAAAAUUAAGAGAUUUAGAGUACAUGAUUUAUUGCAUGCCUUUUGUGUAAGAGAAGGUGAGAACCAGAGACUUUUGCAUGUUGUCAACGAAAGUGGUUCCAAUUUCCCUCAGAAAGGUGUCCGUUGGAUAAGAAUCCAAUUGGUAGGUGUUGAUGACAUCUCUUGGUUACAUUCUUGUUCAAAAAACAGCCGGUCCAUCUUUUAUUUUAGUUGGCUUGAUAAACAUUUAAAUUUGGAGUUUUUCAGCCUAUUGAGGGUACUCUUUGCUCCUUAUUUCUAUUCACGAAGGAAGAAUGUUGUUCCUAUCCAUUUGAGAUACCUAAGGUUAUUCGGGGGAUGGGAUGGGAGUGAUAUAUUAUUAUUGUCCCAGGCUUGGAAUCUUCAAACAUUUAGGGCGGAUACAGGAAGAGGAAGGGAGAUUUUGGAGUUGCCACAAAUACAGUAUAUUCACUGCCGUAGAUUUUAUCCAGAUUUACCCAAAUCUGUUCAUCAAAACUUGCACACCAUUUCUACAUUGGAGGGUAGUGAUUGCAGACAAGAGUACUUAAAGAAAAUUCCAUACCUAAAGAAGGUAACUGUUACAGGUGGAACUGAUGAUUGCACUAAGAACCUUGUUUGUUUACAGCAGCUCCAGAGUUUGUCUAUUUCUUUUAAUACAUGGAGCUAUGAAAUUCCGGAAAAGAUGGCUUCGAUCAUUAACAAUAUUCUUCUCUUGGAAAACGUUAGGAAGCUGAUGUUUGAGUGUAUGAAGUUUGUGUGGAAGGAAAUUAAUGUUUUGAGCAAGUUACCAAGGCUUGAGGUGCUCAAGUUAAUGGUUUCUGACCUUGGCAAAAAGUGGGAAGUACCAGAGAAUGUGAAAUUCUGCCACUUAAUUUGUUUGAAAAUUUGGUCUGGUAAUCUCAAGCAUUGGGAAGCUGGUGCUGAUAAUUUUCCAAAACUUGAGCGCUUAUUCCUUAACAAAUGCUAUGAAUUAAGAGAGAUUCCGAAUAGCUUUGCAGACAUUCCAACAUUGAACUUAAUCCAAUUAGAGAGGUGUCAUCCUUCUGCAGUGAUGUCAGCCAAGCAAAUUCAGGUUGAACAACAUGAUUGUGGAAACGAAAAUAUGGUUGUCAUUGAGAAAAAGACAGUACAGCCUCACUCUCUUGAAGAUGACUCUGAUGAAGAUGAUGCAAAUUAAAGCUAUAGCAAAAAAAGGCUCUAUAGCUGCUAAUUAAGAUGAUGGGCCCACAUAGAGCCAAAAUCCAAUAAAAGAAGGGUGUGGGAAGUGCAGAUGGUUUUUGCAAAUUUGGUCUUUGAAAA